CUUUUGAUCCCUUCGCCUUCUUUUUCUCUUUCCUUUCUCCGGCUCCCUAUCACGUUCUUUCUUCUCUUCAUGCCCCACUCAUGUCCUCCCUCAAGUCCAGUAUUUACCCAGACGGUGAUCCUUUGGCUGUCGUCACAGCACCGCCGCCCGACGAAUCGCCGUCAGAACGUGAUGAGCGCCUCUCCAAUGAAAAAGCAGCCCAGAAGAGGUCCGAUGCUAUAGACGAAGAAAUAGCAAGGCAGCGCAUCGCUGAAAAAAAGGCGCCAAAGGUAGUCAAAGUCUUGUUGCUAGGCCAAAGUGAAUCAGGGAAAUCCACGACGUUGAAAAAUUUUCAAUUGAUAAAUUCCCCAAAGGCAUUCCGUCAAGAACGCGCAUCAUGGCGGGCAGUGGUUCAGUUAAAUGUUGCCCGGUCGAUUCGCAUUAUCCUUGACAUAAUGAGUCAGGCUCACGCCCAGCAGACUCAGAAGCAGCACCCUGUUGCGUCUUCCAGCAUGUCUUCCUUCGAGUCUCUGCAAAGGCCCGAUGUCGUCUAUCCCACACUCACUGCAGAACAUCUAAAACUCAAAAUGCGCUUGAAGCCUCUCCUCCAGGUCGAGGAGGCUCUCCUGCGGAGACUUUCCCCGGGAAACACCGCGGAAUUCGAAGCAACCCAGCUCACCGUCCCUACAUCACUCCCCUACCCUGAUCGAAAUUACAAAGAGCCUUCGGUCAACUCCGCUGUCCAUUGGAAAGGCGCGUUCGGCAGGCUGCUAACCCCGAAUGAGCAGCGCACCAGCUUUGACAGUGAACAAGGGAUUGAUUUCGAUGACCCAAAAGAUCCCGGGCUUGUUCUUCACAAUUGUCGCGAGGAUAUGGACCAUCUAUGGAACGAUCCGACCGUCAAGGAGCUUCUAAAAGUGCAUAAACUCAGAUUGGAGGAUCUGUCUGGCUUUUUCUUAGAUUCACUGGACCGCGUUACUGCCUUGAAAUAUGUCCCUUCAGACGAUGAUAUACUACGAGCACGAAUUAAAACUCUAGGUGUCUCCGAACAUCGUUUCAGGCUAAAAGCUGACACAGGCAAUAUGGUCAGCCACGAUUGGAGGGUCUUUGACGUAGGAGGAGCUCGAUCUUUGGUUCGAGCCGCGUGGGCACCCUAUUUCGACGAUAUGGACGCGAUCAUUUUCCUAGCACCUCUUAGUUGUUUCGACCAGGUUCUCGCUGAAGAUUCAUCGGUGAAUAGACUGGAGGAUUCCAUGUCCCUUUGGAAGUCCAUCGUGUCGAAUCAGCUUCUGAAAAACACAGAUCUCAUACUGUUCCUCAACAAAUGUGACAUCCUGAAAGCGAAACUAGAAUCGGGGAUCAGGUUUGGCACUUGGGUAAUAUCGUACGGCGAUCGACCCAAUACAUUCGAGGGUGCCGCAAAUUAUAUGAAGAAGAAAUUUGCUGGUAGCUUCAAGAGUAACUCCCCAGAACCCAGGCCUUUCUAUUGUCAUUUUACUUCGGUCACUGACGUGAAAUCGACAACUCAUAUACUAGAAAAUGUGAAGGAUACCGUUGUGCGGAAAAAUCUACAAGAUAGUAAUAUGGUUUAGUAGACCACCUACUAUGCCCGCCGAUAUUUAGUAGGUCUAUUAUGACUCCCACGUAUUUCUUGGAUGUUUUGUAACUUACUCUCGUUCUACUACAUCUUCAUUGUCAUGUAUGUCUAUAUUUAUGUAAAUAUGUAUGCGCUCAUAGACACAAGCUACCACGGCAUUACCAUGUUCGAUCGAUUUAGACAUCCUUCAAGAAAAACCGCAGCAAUGAAAUCGAAAUUCUGUGAACCG